AUGUCUGGGUGGAGGUGCCUCAUCUGUGUCAGCCUUUUUCUGACUAUUCUCCUUGAACUGACAUACCAGGGACCUCCUGGCCCCCCCUCAUCAAGCACAAAGCUGUUGAUGACGAGUUAUUCCAUGCGGUCUACUGUGGUUUCCCGCUAUGCCCACACUUUGGUCACUUCUGUCCUGUUCAAUCCACAUGCUGAGGCCCAUGAAGCCAUCUUUGACCUGGAUCUGCCUCGCCUGGCCUUUAUCUCCAAUUUUACUAUGACCAUCAACAAUAAAGUCUACAUUGCAGAAAUCAAAGAAAAGCAUCAGGCAAAGAAAAUCUAUGAGGAAGCCCAUCAGCAGGGAAAGACAGCUGCUCAUGUAGGCAUCAGGGACCGGGAAUCAGAAAAGUUCCGCAUCUCCACCAGUCUGGCAGCAGGCACAGAGGUGACUUUUUCCCUGGCCUAUGAGGAACUGCUGCAGCGGCACCAGGGCCAGUACCAGCUGGUGGUGAGCCUGAGGCCUGGCCAAUUGGUGACAAGGCUAAGUAUAGAGGUCACAGUGUCAGAAAGAACGGGCAUUGGCUAUGUUCACGUACCACCUCUGAGGACCAGCCGCCUGCGCACCAAAACCCACACAAGUGAGGCUGGCCCGCCCCCAUCCACAAGAAUUGAGAAGGGAGAGACCUGUGUGCGAGUCACCUUCUGCCCAACACUGAAGGACCAGGCUGCCUUCUCCAGCUCAGGCAUCAUGGCCGACUUUGUGGUCCAGUAUGAUGUUGUCAUGGAGGACAUCAUUGGCGAUGUGCAGAUUUACGAUGGCUAUUUUAUUCACUACUUUGCCCCCAGAGGCCUUCCACCGGUGGAGAAAAAUGUGGUGUUCGUUAUUGAUGUGAGCGGCUCCAUGUUUGGUACCAAGAUGAAGCAGACUAAAAAGGCCAUGAAUGUGAUUCUUGGUGACCUGCGGGCCAACGACUACUUCAACAUCAUCUCCUUUUCUGACACGGUUAGUGUCUGGAAAGCUGGAGGCUCCAUCCAGGCCACCAUCCAGAAUGUACACAGUGCCAAGGACUACCUGGGCCACAUGGAAGCUGAUGGUUGGACCGACAUCAACACAGCUCUGCUGGCAGCUGCUUCAGUGCUGAACCAUAGCAACCAGGAGCCUGGGAGGGGCUCCAGUGUGGGGAGGAUCCCUCUCAUCAUCUUCCUGACAGACGGGGAGCCCACCGCUGGUGUGACGACUCCCAGUGUGAUCCUCUCCAAUGUCCGUCAGGCACUGGACAACAGAGUGGCCCUUUUCAGCUUGGCCUUUGGGGAUGAUGCUGACUUCCCACUGCUACGUCGCCUGUCCCUGGAGAAUCGAGGAGCAGCCCGGCGCAUAUACGAAGACACCGAUGCAGCCCUACAGCUGCAGGGCCUCUAUGAGGAGAUCUCCAUGCCUCUGCUGGCAGAUGUGCGUCUGGACUACCUGGGCGGCUUGGUUGGGGCCUCCCCUUGGGCUCUUUUCCCCAACUACUUUGGUGGCUCAGAGCUGGUGGUGGCAGGCCUGGUGCAGCCAGGUGAGCAGGAAUUGGGCAUCCACCUGGCAGCCCGUGGCCCCAAAGGUCAGCUUCUCGUGGCCCGCCACAGUGAGGUGGCCACCAACAGCAGCCAGAAGGCCUUUGGUUGCCCAGGUGAACCAGCCCCCAAUGUAGCCCACUUCAUCCGCCGCCUCUGGGCCUAUGUCACCAUUGGAGAACUGCUGGAGGCACGCUUCCGAGCCCGUGACACCACCACUCGUCACUUGUUGGCUGCCAAAGUCCUCAACCUGUCCCUUGAAUACAACUUUGUCACACCUCUGACUUCAUUGGUCAUGGUGCAGCCCAAGGAGGCCAGUGAGAAGGCCAGAAGGCAGACUUCCACCACAACUGGGCCAGGAACCAUCAUGCCCUCUUCCACCAGCAGGCAUGGCCUAGGGGCAGGCACAGCCCGGCCAACCUUGGUGCCCAAGAUCUCUCCCAAAUCAAGGCUUGUGAACUCAAAGUUUUACUUAUCCUCAACUACUGCCUCUACAAAGAAGAUGGGCAGUUCCAGGGAUUUGGAGCCCCUGGGUCAAAGCCUUAGCUCCGUAUCCACCCCAGCACACCCAAGGCCCAAAAUUCCAGCACAACACAAUUCUGGCACCUUGGCUCAGCCAACUCUCAGGACAAAACCUGCUGCCCUUGUGCCCUCAAAUUCUGAUGCCUUUGUGCUUAUGAAGCCCAGCAUUCCACCUCACCAGAAUUCUGGGACCCUAUUACCCAUAAUUUCUGAGACACAAGUUCCACCUAUGAAUCCUGGAACCCCAUUCCAGUCCAAAGUUGGCACUAUGAAACAUGUCACUUCAUUGCAUUCCAAACCUGGUGCUCCAUCACAACGUAAACUGGAUGCCACCUCACACCCCCAGCCUAAGGUACUCACAUCACAGUCACCCAAAAAUCUGCCACGGCCCAGGCCUGGUGUCUCCACACUUCAGAUCCCCAAAUACCCACCACACACCAGACCAAAGGUUCCUGUUCCCAAGACCCUAAGCAACCUGUCAUACCCUAGACCUGGGAUCCUCUUACCCAAGACACCUAAAGUCCCAUCACCUCUUAAACCUAGUGUCCCACCUCAUCAAACUUCCCCAAGCUUAUUGCUUUCUAAACCUAGGACACCAAUCCCCAAUAAACCCAAAACCCCAUUACCCUCCAGACCUGUCAGACCCAGGCCCCCACCUCCUCAGAGCCUAAGCACAGUCCCAAGUACAAUCUCAAAUCCCACAAGCCCCAGCAGUAACACAACAACCCCUGUCCUUGGAGAACCCAUCCCUACUCCCUUUCACCCCACACUGCCCUCUCUGCUGCCCCCUGGAAGGCUCUUGCAUCAGCAUGGCCUACUGUCAGGGCCCCAAAGCACAGGGGAAAUUCUGGGACCAUCUGUGUCAGGAGUACCAACAAUGGGUCUACCCAACAGCUCCAAGCCUAUGCCAGAAGGCAGCCCCCAAAACCUGCCAGUCUUGCUGCCUUCUAGCACCCUCCCUGAGGCAGUCAGCCUGCUCAUUCUCCCUGAGGAACUGGAGCUACUGUCUGAGUCAAUGGUGGAGUCCAAGUUUGUGGAGUCCUUGAACCCACCGGCUUUCUAUACCUUCCUCACUCCUGACGAAAAUGGAAAUCCACAUUGGGAAGGCAAUUCUGAAGAGAUCCUGGGAGGACCUGGAGGCAGCAUGGAAUCUCAGGGGAGCUCUGCAGGGCUAGCCAAAGGCAUGUUACCAAGCAUCUUCACCUUCUCAUCCUCAGUGGAUGGUGACCCCCACUUUGUGGUCCACAUCCCACGUUCAGAAGAGAGAAUAUGCUUCACACUGGAUGGGCGCCCAGGGGACCUGCUACAGCUCAUAGAUGACCCAAAGGCAGGGCUGCAUGUGCAUGGACAGCUGCUUGGGGCACCACCAAGGCCAGGCCACAGGGACCAGAUCCGUACCUACUUUCAGAUCAUCACAGUCACCACAGACAAACCCCGGGCCUACACUAUCAACAUCACUCGCAAUUCCAUAUCUGUGCAAGGCGAGGGUACCUUGCUUCUGUCCUGGGACCAGCCUGCCCUGCUGAAGAGGUCCCAGCUGGAGCUCCACGUGGCUGCUGCAGCCCGCCUCACCCUCCGCCUUGGGCGCCACCUCGAGUUCCUAAUCCUCCGGCACCGCUACAGGCACCCCAACAGCCUGCAACUCCCCCAUCUGGGGUUCUAUGUGGUCAAUGGCUCAGGCCUUAGCACCUUGGCCCGUGGCCUGCUGGGGCAGUUCCAGCACGCAGAUAUCCAACUGGUGGCAGGGUCUACGGGGCCAUUCCUGCGGAGGCACCAAGGCCCAGAUGUGCCUGUGAUUCUAGGCAAGAAGCUGCUAAAGGACUCACCAAGGCUGCUGCCCCGCUGGUCUUCCUGCUGGCUAGUGAACCGCUCUCAUGUACAACAGCUGCUGGGCCGCCCCUACCUUGCCUAUGUCCUGUGA